UCUGCCCGACCCCCUCCUCCCGCCGCCGCUCUCUAUGGUGCGGGGCGGGGCGGUCACGUGGGCGCGCGGGCCGGAAGGAGCCGGGCAGCGGCGGCGGCGGUGCCUCAAUGGAGCGGGGCCGGCGGGGGGGCGUUCCUCGUUCUAUCCUGAUUGCCAUGCCUGGGCCUUGACACUUCUGGGAGCAGCUGUUUAAAAUGGCAGAGAGAGGUGGAAAUGAAGAAGUCAUGCACUUAAACAGCUUCCGUAGCCACCGAGGGAAAGACUGGAUAAACCGCAGGGAUGACGGGCUUAUCAUGAUAUCGGAUUCCUCGGAUGAAGAAUUACCGUUGUUGUUGGAAACGCCAGCAGAACAGCAGCACGAGGAAGAUGAUGAUGAUGUGGUUAUCUUGGCAGAGACCCCAAAGCAUCAGCAGCUUGUGCGUCCCAAUGUCAUCAGACCUGCUGCUCAAUGGCAGGGUGCAAACACCGUGGGAGAAGGAGGAUCCCAAAGCGCUGUAGGGCCCUUGAGGGGCGCGUAUCUGCAGGAUGAGAUGUCGGCUCUGCUCUGCCAGAAGGACCGCUACGAUUACGUGGUGGAGAGCAGCGCUGGGCCAAGCAGGGAUGAGAAUGUGAACUUUGCCUUGCAGCAGCCCGGGCCGUCUGAACAGAACGGCCCCAGGUUUGAACUUACGAGUAACCUGGAGCCUGGCCCAAGUUUGCUUCCGGCAGUGAAGAUGAGUUCGCAGGUUGUCGUUGACAAGGAAAUCGUUAGCCUGGAGAAAGCGGACUUGCCACCGCAACAGGAGGAAAAGGUGGAAGCCCGGGGCUGGCAAGGAGAGGACUUGAGGCCAGAGCUCUCGCAAAACGUUGAAGGAACAGUUGCUGCACCCAGUAUGGAGCAGGAGCUCCAGGAGAACAGCCGGCCGGAUCGCUUCCAGCCCUCAGAAGGGGAGCCACCUGCCGUCGUAACUGGCUGUGCUCCUCCGCAAGGGCAGCCUGAAGCAGACUCAGGAUCUUCGAGGGCGUAUGGCGAGGAGGCUCCUGGGCCUGCUUUCCCCAGACCUGAGCCGCAGCAGGAUGGGAUUCCCGGUCCCACUUCGCCCCAGCCAGCACACCCCCCGGAAGAAACGAGGGGGCAGCAGGCAGCAAUAGACAACGAGCAGCCAGGCCCAGCCUUCCCGGCACAGGGCUCGCACGAACUCGGUUCUAGCGAUGUGCCAGAACAGGGGGCUGCUGGGCAGGACCAAGACCUCACCGCGCUGCUCGUCAGAGAGACAGAAGCAAGGUUCCCAGAUGUGAAGAAGGAAUAUAUCGAAGAGUUGAUCAACGUCAAGAACUGCUAUGACUUAAAUGUACUUUGUAACUUUCUUCUGGAAAAUCCAGAUUACCCAAAGAAGGAAGGCAGAGUGGUUUUAAAUCCCAGCAGCAGCCUGCUUGCAAGCCAAGACGAGACAAAGGUUCCUAAAGUGGACUACUUCGACUUCUCCAAGCUUGCCCCGCUUGAUCAGCGGUGCUUUAUUCAGGCAGCUGACCUCCUUAUGGCAGACUUCAAAAUGUUGAGCAGCCAAGACAUUAAGUGGGCACUACACGAACUCAAGGGACACUAUGCAAUCACACGAAAGGCCUUUUCAGAUGCCAUCAAAAAAUGGCAGGAGCUGUCUCCGGAAACCAGUGGGAAACGAAAAAGAAGAAAAGAAAUGAAUCAGUAUUCAUACAUAGAUUUCAAAUUUGAGCAAGGUGAUGUGAAAAUUGAGAAGCGGAUGUUCUUCCUGGAGAAUAAGAGACGACACUGGAGAACCUAUGACAAGCUCUCGCUUCUUCCACCAGUGCUGCUGGAGCAGGAAUUCUACGAGCAAAAAGUUAAAGAGAUGGCAGAGCAUGCAGACUUCCUCCUUGCUCUGCAGAUGAAUGAGGAGCAGUAUCAGAAGGAUGGUCAGAUGAUAGAGUGCCGCUGCUGUUACGGAGAGUUUGCGUUUGAAGAGCUCACGCAGUGUGCAGAUGGUCACUUGUUCUGCAAGGAGUGCCUAAUUAAAUAUGCUCAGGAGGCAGUCUUUGGCUCUGGGAAGUCAGAGCUCAGCUGCAUGGAGGGCAGUUGCACGUGUUCAUUCCCCACCAGUGAGCUGGAGAAGGUGCUUCCGGAGAACAUCCUCUGCAAAUACUACGAGAGGAAAGCGGAGGAGGAGGUGGCUGCUGCCUGUGCAGAUGAGCUUGUCAGGUGUCCGUUCUGUAACUUCCCAGCUCUACUGGACAGCGAUGUGAAGCGGUUCAGCUGCCCUAAUCCCCGCUGCAGAAAGGAAACGUGUCGGAAGUGCCAGGGGCUGUGGAAGGAGCACAUGAACCUCACCUGUGAGCAGCUGGCUGAGAAGGAUGACAUCAAGUACAGGACGUCCAUAGAAGAGAAAAUGACAGCUGCCCGCAUUAGAAAAUGCCACAAGUGUGGGACUGGCCUAAUUAAAUCGGAGGGUUGCAACCGCAUGUCCUGCCGCUGCGGCGCUCAGAUGUGCUACCUCUGCCGGGCUGCCAUUAACGGGUACGACCACUUCUGCCAGCACCCCCGCUCGCCCGGGGCUCCCUGCCAGGACUGUGCCAAGUGUUCUCUCUGGACAGAUCCCACAGAAGAUGACGAGAAGAUCAUUCAGGAGAUUCAGAAAGAGGCUGAAGAGGAACAAAGGAAGAAGAACGGAGAGAACAGCUUCAAGCGGAUCGGCCCUCCUGUGGAAAAGCCCAUGGAGAAAAUCCAGAGGAUUGAAGUCAUCCCCAGACCUGUUCCUCAGAACCUCCAUCAGCCCCGGAUGCCUCCGUACCCCUUCGUGCACCCCCCCUUCCCGCUCCCUCCCGUCCGUCCCAUGUACAAUAACAUCCCCCUCAACAUAGGCCCCAUCCCCGCCCCCUACGUGCCCCCGCUGCCUAACAUGAGGGUGAACUACGAUUUUCCCCAGAUCAACGUUCAGCUGGAGCACAACUUGCCUAUGCACUUUGGCCCUCAGCCUCGACACCGGUUCUGACCUGGUUCCAAUAGCACCUGACACAGAGUCACUGCAGGGCAAAGCCACCCCGGUAACGUCACCCCGUCCUGCUUCAGCCCCCUGGCUUAGCCAGCUGCAAGGGGAGCUGCUGUGACUCACGUGUCCCUGCACUACACCCCUGGCCAUGGCUUCUCCGGACUUUUUGCAAUUAAACAUUUCAGCCUGUGCUGCAACAGGGCUCGGUGCUGCGUUUCCGAGGAUCUCUUCCUAUGUUGAGAGUCCAGGUUUUUUGUUGUUUGUUUGUUUGUUUGGCAAGGUCUGUUCAGACAGCUGUUGGGAGGGAAAGUGAGGCUUGUGGAGCACAGGGAUGCAAGCGUUCCUCGGGAGUUUUCCAAAAAUUCAACCUUCCUGCUGGCCAGAGCAGCUGCAACAAGCCUGGGGGAAGUCUUGGGGGAAGGAAGGAGAGACUUGGCACCUGAGCAAGACCUUCAGGAUCAAGGUAACAGAACCCUUCUGCCCUAGCCCAAGGCAGGGUUUCCCAUCUUCUCCAGCAUCCCUGUAAUCUGCUAACACCUCCCAGCAGAAAUAAAUAGUUCAACCCCCAGUAAACGUAGUGUAUUUAGCAUUCCUCGCUCUGCGAGAGGAGUGAGGAGAUGCGGCAGCCAUCUCGUUGCUCAGAUCUUGGUAGGCAGCCCCAGAGCCGUGUCCUGUCUCAGGGCUUUAC